AUGGCAUCUCAUCACACACCGAUCCAGCCAUAUUCUGGCCCACCCCUACCAACACAAAACCACAUCCGACUCAUCUCGCUCACCGCUGGCAUUGACAAUUCCAUCGUGUGCGGUUUCAAGACGGUGGAAAUAGAUGCAGCUCCGGGCUACGAAGCACUUUCAUACACUUGGGGAGAUCCCGCUAACCGCAAGACGAUCGCCAUCAAGGAACCCGGAGAGCCCGCCGGAUCGAAGGAUGUCUCCAUCACGGCGAAUUGCUUCUCCGCUUUUCGUUGUCUGCUAAAGUCCAAGCAGUCGCGACUGCUCUGGGUCGAUGACUUGUGCAUCGAUCAGUCAAACACUGUUGAAAGAGACCACCAGGUCUCCCUCAUGUCCAAGAUCUACUCCAAAGCAGCUCAAGUGGUCAUUUACCUUGGCGAAGCGGCAGACAACAGCGACUUGGCCGUCGAGUUCAUCAAAGAAUGCGACAGCCCAAGCCCCGAAACUACAUCGCUAAGCUAUCCCAAGACUAAGACCCUCGUGGAGUCUCUCUGCAACUUCUUCCGCCGGCCUUGGUUCACCAGAGUGUGGGUGAUCCAGGAGGCGAUGCUCUCCAAAAGUGGCACAGUCUAUUGCGGAGACCAGAUACUCCCUUGGUCUGCAGUCAAGCACUUCAACGAGUGGGAUCAAAAUAACAAGUGGCUCAAGACUCUGCCUUACGUUAUGUCUGUAUCCCAGAGCUCACUUAAGAAGUCGGAUAUCAGGGUUUCGCUGCUCAUCGCUCUUGUUGAAACAAGACACUGCGGGGCAACAAACCCCCGCGACAAAAUCUACAGCCUGCUCCCCUUGUUUCACUCGAUCAAGGAGCAGCUCGACCUUGCUCCGAGGUAUGGAGACUCGGUCGCCAAAGUGUACACCGACUGUGCCACUGCUCUGCUAUCUCGACAAAGCUGCGGCGUUCUCAAUGCUGUCCAGAGCGGCUCGAAAAUCGAAGGGCUGCCUUCUUGGGUCCCAGAUUGGAGCAUGCCACCGAAGCGCACAGUUCUGGGACCUAUUGAGUACGACCCAAAGUACUACGGGUCAGAGCCAUUUUCCUUCAACAAGCCGGAGAAUCCAUCGAGCUCGCCACGUCUUGUGGCCAAACAGCCACAGAAUCCCAAUACUGGCGCCACGGGCGCUGUUCUUCGUGUGGACGGAGGGCUAUGCGGCGAGGUGGCCCAGAUGGGUUCCGUCUAUCUCGCUGGACAGGGUCCGUUUCCUUACUUUGAAUGGAAAGCUUUGUUGAAUGACGAGGCCAUCACUCGGAUUGAUAGAAGAUCUGAACGGGCCUGGGAUGGCCAUAAAAAGGUUCUCGAAUCGGAAUUCUACAAUGUCAUAGCUGCCAACCGUAACCGCAACGGAUAUGAGGAAGCCAUACGGCGGUUCGUUCAAAAAGAAAAGAACCUGCAGAAGGAAGUAACUGGUGCUUCUCCAACUCAGACUGCCAACGGCGGUGCGUCAAAGCCAAGCUGGGAAUCUGCAGUUCGGAGUUUAAUGGCUGAAGCUAGCCGCAGAGGCUCUUUGGAGGACAGUCUCCUACCCUUCCGGGAUAUUCCCUUCCACGAAGUGGCAACGGAAAUGGUUCCAAGCUACAGGUACUAUGUCCAGGCUGUGCUGCGUAAUUCUCACUCUCGUCGCUUCUUCAUCACAACAACGGGAUACAUGGGCCUGGCCCCAGCUGAGGCCGAGUUAGGUGACCAAGUUUACAUGGUCGUUGGGACAGUAACGCCGCUUCUUCUGCGCCCUGUAUCAGAUAGUGUAGGUGAUGACAAGUUAAAGCAGUUCCAGCUAGUCGGUGCAUCUUUUAUGGAGUCCAAGGCACGGAAAGACUUGGCAGACAAGCCUGGUACGCUAGAGCAUAUCGAGAUAGUUUAA